CUUGGCUAUAGAUACCCAAGUAAAAGUUCGUCCCAGGCAAAGAGCCUAUCAAUCGCCCGGGAAAGGACUCGUUUAAUGCCCAAGUCAUCUUUGGGACAGAUGCAUCAAUUUAUUCAGGAGUACCUGGAAUUGCUUCAGUCGUUCUCUGAGGCCUUGGCCAUCAGUGCCAGGAUUAGAGGACCUUUCUAUGGACAGAUGAGAUUCUUCUCAGGAGACUGUGGAAACAAUUCUACUCUCGGUGAAGAAGCUUGGCGGACAGCGAUUGCGUCAGCCAAAGGCGAAAGCUUGGAACCGGUUUCUCGGGCAUUGUGUGGGUUCGUUACGUUGACUAUGCGACCACAGGUGAAGCAUGCAUAA